AUUGUGCACCGCAGCCGUCGGCGGGGCCCGCAGCGCGCUCCGAUCACGAUGGCCGCUUGGCUCUGACCCAUCCAAAUCUCCAUCCGAGUGAUGCUGGAACUGGGCUCUGGGAACGGCCACGAGGAUGCCUGUGGUGCUGAGCUCCUCCUGCCUGCUGCUUUACCUGCUCACCCUGCCCUGGGCUUGCCUCCAGCCGGGCCGAGCUUUCCCCAGCAGCGCCGAGUACCUGCAGCGGGGCUGGCAGCGGCUGCUGGAGGAGGGCGAGGGCUGUGCCGAGUGCCGGCCGGAGGAGUGCCCGGUGCCGCGCGGCUGCCUGGCCGGCACGGUGCGGGACGCCUGUGACUGCUGCUGGGAAUGUGCCAACCUGGAGGGACAGAUCUGCGACCUGGACAACACCAACCACUUCUAUGGCAAAUGCGGGGAGCACCUGGAGUGCCAGCUGGAGGCUGGAGACCUGCAGCGUGGCGAGGUGCCCGAGCCCCAGUGUGCCUGCAUCUCGCACCAGGCGCUGUGCGGCUCCGACGGGCGCACCUACCCACAGAUCUGCCGCUUCCUCGAGUCUGCCCGUGCCCACCCCGAUGCCAACCUCACCGUGGCCCACGAAGGUCCCUGCGAGGCAGAGCCUCAGAUCACCUCCCCUCCUUAUGAUGCGUGGAAUGUCACUGGCCAGGAUGUCAUCUUCGGCUGCGAGGUCUUUGCCUACCCCAUGGCGUCCAUCGAGUGGAGGAAGGAUGGCACAGAGAUGCUGCUGCCGGGAGAUGACCCCCACAUCUCUGUCCAGUUCAGAGGUGGCCCCCAGAAGUACGAGGUGACCGGCUGGCUGCAGAUCCAGGGCGUGCGGGUGACGGACGAGGGCACGUACCGCUGCUUUGCCAGGAACAGGGUUGGGGCUGUGGUGGCAGUGGCCAGCCUGACCGUCCUCACUCCGGACCAACUCAACCUGACGGGCUUGUCCCUGCUGGAACCCCGUGCCGUGCCUGAGGACUACGGAGACAGCGAGGAGGAGUACUACUAGCUCAGCUGCGGAGCUUGGCACUGGGCAGCGCUCACCCCAUUGUGCUUUGGGGUCAGGGAUGGAUCCAGAGCAAACACCCCCAGCCCUGAACUCCUCUCUGAACACCUCUCUUUUGGGCUGGGGACACGAUGACACUGCGGCUUGUGUGUCACCCUCAGGCAGGGACGUCCAGGAGCUUGCUGCCAAAACGCCCUUCUUUCCCAUUUUGUUUUUAACCAGAAAAGUAGUGUUCUGAGGCAACCUGACAUUUGUGGUUUCACCCCCGGAUGAUGUUGUCCUGAAAGUCCAUGCGGCCACAAACACUUUGGCUUUUUUGGAUCAGCUUUAUGCUUCUUCUCCCAAGCAGCUCUCUACGCUGACAUCUCAGUGAGCACCGGGCCAAGUGUACACGCAGGGCUCUGAGCAACCAACAGGGAUCACCCCACGGGGUCCCUCCGGGUUGGCUGCUCUCCUUCCCUUCUUUCUUUCUUCCCUUCCUCUUUCUCUUGAGAGCUGGCUCAGACGAUGCAAUUACGGCAUCAAAACCUGAGCGAGCAAAUAAAAGGGGUUUGUCUGGA